AUGCUUGCUGGAGAUGAAGAGCUGAAGAAAGCUGCGAAAUGCGUUGUUGCCUGCAAAUACAUGCCAGAAAUUCUCGCAGUGGAGCCACCAUGCUGCGGGUAUCAGUCCUUUGCUGUGGAUCACAAAUUGCGUUCUUUGGAGAGUGUCCCUACAGUUCUGCAAAACAUUGUGCUUGCCACCAUUAAUGGGGUCCGCAUCUCUGGGAGCUAUUGUCUUGCUAAUGACGUGUUAGAAACUCCAGCUGCCUCUAGUUCGGUGGGUUUCCAAAAUCGACGCUUGGAUAAGGGCGAGUACAUCGAAAGCACAUCCGCUGUAGUUGCGGCUGGAUCGUCAAUUGAUGAUUUGGACAGUAUACUUGCAGUGGAGACUGCAUCCAGUAUUAUUGAAGAGCUGCCAGCAAGUCUCACGGGACAUACGUAUCGUGAUCUCAUGAAUAAGGUGAUGUAUCUGCUUGCACAUUUUAAACAAUCAUCACGAUCACGAAAGGUGUUACGAAGGUUGGCAUUGGAGCAAUGCAGUAUGAGCAUUGCUUCCUACGAGCGCUUGUUCAUCGACCGCCUUCGAGAGAUGACAAUAUCGGUGGGUCAGAUAUAUUCUGUGUUGGCACUUGUUGAGGAUAUGAUGUCGCCACUCAAGAAGUAUUUCUUCAUGCAUAAGGACAAUGAUUCUGACUAUUCCAAACUAGUCCAGCUAUCAUCCUUAUCAGCGUACGAGUGGUCUCGUGUUUGCUAUCUUACGGUAAUACUGAAGCCAUUUGCCGAAGCCACUGUCAAGCUUGACGGUGAGCCGUAUGUCAUUUCUUCGCUAAUCGUGCCUUCUGUGUUUACACUGAUCGAAAAAAUACGCGGUUUGCACCCAGUCAAUACCAGAGUCACCGGUGAGUCUUACAAUGAUUUAGCUAAGAAGAGUGCUGCAGAGGCUAUGGUAGAAUUACCAGAGGACAUCGAGGCAUUCAGGGAUUUGGCAUUCUCGAGCUUGCUAGCAUGUUUCGGGCACCUAUUUUCGGUUCCAGAAGCUAGCUGGAGUACGGAAAAGCUUCAAACGUUCAAUCUCUUGUGGUCUGCUACGAUAUUGGAUCCGCGGACACGGUCGUUUAUCGUCAAGGGUUCUCUACCACAACAAGAGUUUUGGGAAAUUGUCAAAACGGAGGCGGCAAACAUGGCUGGAACCAAAGAAAAGGACAACGAUAACGAUCUCAGAGAGAACUCCACCGCAUUGGGAGAAGACAGCUGUCACUUGGACGAGAAUAGUAUCGGCAAAGGCACCGACUUGUGGGACGACCUUCAGGCAAAACUGACAUCUUGUGCUAAAGAAGAAAUGCUGCUGAGCUCCACGAAAUCCUCGUUAGAAAUGACACAAUCUAGCAACUUGCUCGAAGUGGAGGUGUCGUUCUUCCAGGAAGAAGGGCGUAUCAUCUUGCGUGCCAACCCCUUAGAGUGGUGGCAGAAUAUGCGCAUGAAGUAUCCUUUUCUAGCUCGCUUGGCACGCUACGUGUUAUCCAUCCCGUGCAAGGUAAAGAUAAACGACAACCCUGUCUUGUUUGACGGGGGUCUUGUCAAGCGUGGGCCAUCGCAAAUGAACAUGGCCGAGUUAUGCGAUCUGCUCGCGGCGUCGAUGAACCUUCGCACGGAAAAGAACGCGCAUUUUGAGGCUGCAAGUAAGCGGAUGUGGUCAACGGUAUGA